AUGGAACAGGUUCAUGUCCCUGUAGAAAACGCAAUUCAACUAACCACUUCCAUUUCUUCUUCCUCCAUUGAAGAUAAUAACAAUAACAAAACCAAACCCAAAGGUGAUGGAAAACACCCAUUAUACCGUGGAGUUCGAAUGCGUCACUGGGGAAAAUGGGUUUCAGAAAUUCGAGAGCCCAAGAAAAAAUCCAGAAUCUGGCUCGGUACUUUUCCAUCACCAGAAAUGGCGGCCCGAGCCCACGACGCUGCGGCCCAAGCCAUCAAAGGUAGCUCGGCUUACCUCAAUUUCCCCGAGUUAGCCGACCAACUUCCACGCCCGGCUACUAAUUCUCCUAAGGAUAUUCAAGCCGUCGCCGCUAAAGCAGCUGCCAUGGGCUAUCUCCAUGAACCCCAGGCCCAGUCCCAUGUUGAGGAGGAUGACAUGUUUUAUGACCUCCCUGAUCUGUUACUCUAUUCGAAUAAGAACUCAAGUGAGCUUCAUUACUCUGAGCCAUGGCUUGUGGCUGGAGCUGAACAUCCAAGCUCGGACUUUGGGCUGGAUGAGCCAUUCCCGUGGGCGCCAUACUAA